AGGGGUCCCCCCCGACCGGUAUCCCUUCCCCGGCGGCUGCAGCAGCGGCAGCCGAUGCAUGCCGGCGCCAUUGUGGCCGGUCCUCGAGAGCAACGGCAGCCACCGACCGUGCUGCGUGCCGGCUGCGCUGCUCGGGCUGCUCCUGCUGCCGCCGCCUGUGCUAGACCGCGACCAUGUAGUACGGCAGUCCAGUUCUCUGCUGACCAGAAGAAUCACUGCCUCUUCUAGCAGUUCCACCUGCCCCGUCUUCGUUCCUCAACGCCUUGCACUUGUACUCGCUUCGAUCUCUUGGACGUGCAUCUUUCUUCACCGACGACGGGUGACGGCUUUGAUACCGCCUGCCCCAGGGCAACCAACUCGCCCUUUGAGACGCCUCCGGGUUCGACCGUUGACGAGCGCUGUCGACGAAGAAGCGUCGUCCGCCGAACGGGUCGGUGCGUGCUUGCUCGUGGACGACGACGACCAAGUCUUCGCGAGCGCUCGUUCUGUGCCUGUAUCGGAAGUUAGCGGUGCGAUUGCCCUGAAUCGUCGGGCUCCCUUGUUGUGACAUCGUGUGUCGUCGGAAGGACCCGCACAGCGCUUGUUCGCUCUUUUUCAACGCUCUGUGACUGGAUAGUUCUGUGCGCAACAGGUUCCGUCCGAAGUGCACCCGUCGUUGUGGCCGUGCCUGCCCUCCCUGUUGCUUGCUUCGCCCCCCGGCCCCGUCGUUCCUGCGCUGUGUUUCAGUGUGCGUUCCCCCGUGUCGAACCCCGGAAUACGUGCCGCGCUCGCCGUUUCGAGCGCGCCGCGACGAGGCCCUCACUUUUUUGCUUUAUUCAUUUCACAUUCCUCGCCCAGGGAGCGAGCGACAGGUGUGCAGUCGGUUGUGGCUUUCGGCGUGCCUCGAUUCGUCCACCGCCUCGGGCGACGUGUUUCUUUUCUUUUUGGGAUGCGCGCCCUGGUCCUCUCGAGUCCCCGAUGAGAGAAUCUUCGAGUGGGGUGAUCGCCUGCGCGGGUUACGUUUGUUCCCACCAGAAGGAGGAAGAAGUGUGAUACCGUGGUCCGCACGAUUGACUGAAGGCUGCAACUGCUCCUGCGUCUCCGUCUUCACCUCGGAUUUCCGCGCAAAAGCCCGGCCCCUAGCAGUGCCGGGGGCCUCCAUGUCCCAGCCAUGAAUGUCCUCAACAGGCUUCUCGGAGCGGCCGCUGGGAAGCAAAAGAACGGCGAUUCACCACCGUCGUCGGGCGGCGUCUCGACCCGGGAGAGCCUGUGGCAGAAGGCCUCCUCGCUGCGGCAGUCGCUGCGGGGCCGCAGCAACCGCCACGAUGCGGCUCCCGGCACCAGCUCCUCGAACCGGCGGCCGGCCUCGCUCUACCUGGCCGACUCGUCGUCCCGCUGCUCCAAGUCGCGCCAGUCGCUUCGCCGCGAGUGGGGCUCGCAGCGGGACCUGUCGCGCGAGAAACGCCACGCCACCGCUCUGCCGCACCCUCCGCCCCAACAGCAGCAGCCCCAACACCCGCAGCAACAGUCGUGCGACGCCGGCUCGGACCAGGAGCCGGACACUGCGUGGUCCUCGACGUGGACGCUGCCGGACAGCGGCAGCGUGCCGCUGCCCCCCAAGCAGCGCUCGCCGCGCAAGUUGACCAAGGACUCGGGUUACGAGACCAGCGGCGGCGGCGGCGGCGGGGCUCACGGAGAGCCCGACUACGUCAACAGGGAGUGGGUGUCCCGCGCUCCCAGUCCGCCGCCGUCGGGGUCCGGCCAGACGUCGUGCUCCUCGUCGUCCGGCACCGCGUCGGGUCCGCCCAGCAUCGGACCAACUAGUCCCGUCGGCGCUGGUGGCGCGACGCCCUGGACAUCGGGCCCAGGCAAUCCCGGCGCUGGCGCCCGGGAGACUGGCGAUGACGCAGGAGGUUCGAGAGGCUGUUUCGCCACCGGAGAGUCGCUAAGGUCGCCAGGAGGAGGCUCCCUACCAGCGUCUGGUAGCGGCGAAGAUGACGACAUGGUGACGCGACGUUUCAAGAAGGGCACUGUGUACAGCGCUCUGGCCAGCCAGAGUGGCCUGGACUUUUCUCCGGUCGUGCUGCCUGCAACGAGGCCCAACUGGGGCGAUCGCGCUCAGAUAGGCGGCGCCGAAGAUGACAACAGGGUCCCACCUCCACCACCGCCGCCGCUCAAGGAGAGGAAGCCCGCACCGGCGCCCUCGCACGAGAAGUAUCCGUCGUGGCCCGUCACUCCGGCAGCGCCGGCGACGUCGACGGCUUGCCGGUCCAAGUCGUGGACGCAAGAAACAGACUAUCCUAAGGAGAAAAAUCAUGGAUACGCCAGGCCCAAGAAGGGCUUCAAGAUCUCCACGCAGCAGCUGCAGCCGGUGCUGGAGCGCGCCUGCGAACCCGGAGCAAAGAAAGCGCCGACGACGCCGACGUCGUCUUCCAUUUCAGACGACAGCGGAGGUGGCAUAUCGAGUGCCAACGAUGUGUGCCUCUCGGGCGAGCUUGCCAAGUCGAGCGAGUGCAGCGCGGACGCCUACCUGAGCAGGUACGACGAGUUCCUGAGGCAGUACCAGCGCUGGAGCGAGGCGCCGUUCCUCCAGAGGCUGUACCAGGAAGGCGAGAGGGACGGCUGGCCGCGAGCCACCGAGGCGCCGCCGCCGGGCAGCGAGUCAGCAUGCGACUCGCUUGGCUCCAGCGGCGGCUCCAGCCAGGACACACUCAAAUGGCACGGCUCCUACAGCGACCUGAGCGCCUUCUCGGCGUCCAACGGCUCCUCGCUCUUCGACAGCGGCCACUCGACUUUACCGGACAGCGGUCGCCUAUCGCCGCAGUCCUCCUGCGACGGUAGCCUCGCCGAUGGCAGCCAGAGGCUCGUCUCGCCCAGCCAAGCGGCGGUGGCGCGCAGUGCGCGCGUACUGCAGCCCAAAAGGCACGAGUCCGAAAGCGUGCUGUACUACGCGCCCUGCGAGGCCCAACGCAACAAAACGCAGCAGUCGUCUCGACCCAAUGAGUGCUCGCGCGUGGCGCAGCUGAAGGCGGCCUUCGACCCACCUUGCUCAAUGACUGCCCAUUCGUCGCCCAGCCGGAAAGAACCGACCAAAAUGCUGUUCCUGGACCCGGAAAAGAAGCAUCGGGUUUCCGAUCCAGAGCUGAAGGCCAUACAAAAGCAGGCCGUGCUGUCAUUCUACAAACGCCAGACGUCGCAAGAUUCCAAGAACUGUGGAAACAGCAGCGGCAACAGGAACAGGACACUGCCGCGGAUUCCUUCGUCGGCGAAGUGGUCGGUAGCUGUGUCAGAGCCUUCCUCAAGUCAGCCACCAUCGCUGCCAACGACGGUGAAUGCGGUAACGUCUGCCAAGUCUCAUGAUGCGAAAGAGAAAUCUGAUGCACCCUGGAGAGGGCCUCGAAGCUGGUCGGUGCCGGACAUCACGCAGCAACUCAGCGUGGCUCCGAAGGCACCUUGGGGUCCCGUCGUCGCGGCGACGUGCAAGUCGCUCGCAGAAGCAUCUAGCAGGCGUUCUUGCGAUGGUGCAUCGCUCAGCCGGACUCCGUCAGUGAAUUGCAGGUCGACUGCCGAUGUGCCGCCUCUCAAAAGGCAACUAUCUGUGGCUGUGCCCAAGGACUCGCAGCAGGGAUCUACGAGUAGUGAACUUUCUUUUACCGCAAGCAAAGCGCCAAAGUUCUCGUCUUCUUCUCAGCCAGUAGUCAGCGGAUCCGAUCAACAGGUUGUUCAGGAGGACCACGCCCAAAUCGAAGCCGAAGUCAAGGACGAUGUCAGUGCGGAGAGCCGGCGAGAAUCGCAUUCCCUGAGGCCAUCUGUGAGCGGUGGACGCAAAGCCCAGCUGCGUGAAGUGCGGCUUCCGGACCGGGGCACACCCGCCCUGCAGCUACUCACUUCCGAGGGCGUAACGCUCGCCGUUGCUCCUCCGGCGAGCAGCAAGUCUCCCACGGACACCAGGGGAGGCGCGUCUGCGUCAGACCGCGACAGCGUGGUCGACAUGGUACCUCAGCUGAGCAAGCCUUUCGACCGGAGGGCGCAGCAGCAGCAGGACAAACUGCUCGACAGGGUGCCCGAGAAGCUGCUCGAGUCCAGAGUGGCUAACAACAAUAAUAACAACGUUAACAAUAACAACAACAAUAACAACAGCGCCAGCAACGGCGGUAGUCCCGCCGCCUCUGUGGUGACGCAGCAUGGCCGGAGAUCCGACGUCAUCACGGCGCUUUCCGGCCACAAAGAAGUGACUCCGGUGCACCUGGCGCUGCAAGCCAGGGGGGGACAUCACGAAAGGAGUCAAGACAGAGGCAACAGCCCGCAAGACAAGCUUCACGCUUCGCGAUCCAGCGACAGCCCGAGGUCCCGGGAGAAGAUGAUUAUACCAGAUGAGAGGUUUGCGAGCUUAGAAGACAGCACCAGGUCGUCACAGCCUAACCGAAGAAGCCACGACAAACUCUUCGACAGAGUACACGAGAAGUGUCUCGACGUGCGGAUCCAGGGGCCCCUUCGAGGCGGAGAUUCGUCGGAAGGAACGAUCGCGAGUGGCUCUCCGUUCGCGGCACCACCUCCGGCCGUGCCGCCCCGAAGGAGCCCUUCGUCCGAUCCGAAGCCUCCGCCUCGUCCGCCGCCCAAGAGAAGCGCUGGGGUGGCCGCGCCGGCAGCUUCGGACGAGAACGGCGUCGACGACGAAUCCGAGCUACAGAGGAUCACGGAGCGCAUCGCCGGUCAAGUCAACCUGGCGCGGGCGGAGGCAUCUUGUCCGGAGUCCCUGCAGCCCCCCGAGCCCGUUCUCGGAAGGGUCGAAGCGGGCUCCGCUGACGGUAGCGCGGACGCCAGCACGUCGGCGGCUGGCCGGCCGGUGUCGUGGACGAGCCUGUGCUCUAGCCCCGAGCUGCCCCUGCCGUCGCCUCCCCCUCUGCCUCCGACGGCGCGAGACCUGUGCUCGCCGCCCGCAGUGGACGACGACGAGCCCCUGCCGCCGCCGCCGGACGACCUCGAGCACGUGGCGCAGCAGCAGCUGGGUUCUGUCGCCGUUCAGGAUUGCGACCCCGCGGACCCCAGGGUGUACCCCAAAGACUCGUACAUGUGGUAUCGGACCGAGCGGAAGCCGGGUCGCCAGGGCUUCCAAGGCAACUACCGGCGCAGUUACCACGGAAGCGGAGGCGGCGGAGAAGCUGCCGACUCGGGCCCCGAAUCGUGUCCGGGCUCGGACCAGGGCUCUGAGUUCACCUCGGAAGAGGCGAGCUCCGAGUCGUCCUCAUCGUCCUGUCCUUCGUCGCCGCUUAGCUUCCCGCCGCACUCGUGGCCCUCUCCGGGCGCCGCAGCUCCUCAGUCCGGGACGACGACGGCGGCCUCUAGUCAGGACUCCUCGUCGGCGAAGGUCGCGGCGCCUCAGUGCGAGCCCGUCGACUGUUUGAACAACAACAGCUCGACAAGCACCACUGCCACCACCAGCACAGGUACCGCCACUGUUGGCGGCAACGUCGGCGGCGGCAACAACAACAACGCCAACAACAACGUGCCGCUUUCGACCGCUGGUGGCGAGCAGGUGGCGUGCAACGGUUGCCACGAACACUGGACGACUACGUGCUCAUCAUCGACCACGACGAGCGCGAGUACGACGAGCGCCAGUUCGGCGGCGUGCCGCCGCACCAACUCUGCAACCCAGACGGGACCCGACGACGAGUGGUGCUCUGCGGUCCAACUGCGGCGGGCCUCCCCCAAGAGCCAGGAGGAGCUGGAGUGCGAGCGCCUGUCGCAGGACUUCGCCUCCCGGUACGGGGACGCUGCGCUGCGAUCCCUGCUCGUGCCCAGUCCGAACCAGAAGACGACGUCCGAUUACCUGGAAGGCCUGUUCGACGUGGACGCCAUCCAAAAUGGCCAGCUUGAUUCCUCGCUCCCUAGGCGGCGCAGCUCCGUGGCCACGUCGCCGCAGCCUUCGCCGCCGCCAACUGCUUCAUCAUCACCAUAUCUUAUCUCCAACACAGGGAACAACGCGAUCAGGGACGAGAACCUUCCCGCGAACAGUGCCUACUACACGACAUCCGAGCCCAAGGCCAAGUUUCUGACCAGGUUCGGAUCGGACAUCGGCAAGCAGGAGUGGACCUCCGACAGCGAGCUGACUGCUAAGAAGUACCGCACAGGUAAUGACGUCCUUGUCGGCGGUGCGCAGGAGGAGCUGAUGGCGAGCAUCUCGCGCAAGCUGGACGUGCUGCGCUCGGCGCGGCUGAGCCUCCGCGAGGAGGCCUCGCAGAACGAGCAGCUCGGCCGCGCCCUGGGCAGCCGCGUCGACCAGCUGGCGCGGCCCGCCGAGCGCGACAAGUACCGUCUCCACGUCGACGAGCUGGACAAGAUCGUCAGCCUCAUCCUGUCCCUCUCUGGCCGCCUCGCACGCGUUCACAACGCGCUGGCAGGACUCGCCGGCGCUGACGAGCCCACCGCACAGGAAAGGAGAGCCCUGGAGGCCAAGCGGGACAAGCUGAGCAGCCAGCACGAGGAGGCGCGCCGUCUGAAGGAGAGCAUCGACCGGCGCAGUCGUCAGGUGGCCCAGUUCCUGCGCAAGUACCUGACACCGCAAGAGUACGCCGACUACGACCACUUCGUGCGCAUGAAGUCCAAGCUGCUCGUGGACGCGCGCGAGAUCGACGACAAGAUCCGGCUCGGCGAAGAACAGCUGGCCGCGCUCAGGGCGGGAACCGUGGCCACCGCAUCCUGGAAGUCCUUGGCCUCGUCCUAGGGAUCGACGAAAGCCGUGCUCUGAUGCGGGGCCGUGACGCCGUGAAUUAUCGAGACUGGAGGGGUUGCGAGGUACUAGAAUCUCUGUCGCGCCUUGGUAUGCCAAGUGCAGGUUAAAAAAAAAAAAUCAGGUGUCUAGCACACUACGUCUCUCGUAUUCUACGUGUAGGUCUGGGACACUAUAAAGUCGAUCAACAUCCUUUCCGAGAAUUUUACUCAUUGUCUUGAUGGCAUUGCCUGUUGCUGGGCCAUAUGCUUAGUACCUGUAGCACUAUUUAAUAUUUCAAGCACUAUAAGACGAGAGAAAAUAUUAUUUUCUAUACUUUGAACUGCAGAGAGUGUUGCAAGAGUAUUGCUGCACAACCUGGAGGCCUCUGUUCCCGCAAUCAGGUUAACGAAUAGUGUACAUUGUUGAAAACAAUGCCUGAACAACCUUGUUUCCUGGUCAUAAGUCGUGUUGGCAGUAAAAGCUUCCUUCUCAUAUGUUUAGAAGUACCAGGAACUAAACUUAAGUAAUAGUGAGUGAGGUAGGACCUGAGCGAAGGCGUUUUCGAAUUCUACUUCCAUCGCACCCGUCACAGAUAGUAUCUGUGCCGUAAUGUCUUAAUGAAGUUUCACUGCACAAGUCAGCAUGUUCUAUAGUUAAUGGGUGAUAGGUGCUGCUCAGCGCCAAACUGCUGCUACAGUUCACACAAAAAGAACUCAGUAGGUGAAACUGUAGUCGUUGUUAAAAGCUGUCUGCAUGAAGCAGUUUUGAGAGGGCUGCAGACAAGGGAAGUGUUUCUUCAUAAACCAGUGCAAUUACGUGCCCUGGACCCCUUCAGUCUCGCCGAUUCGUGGCCGUUUCGUGUACAUAAGUCACCCCAGCGCUCACCGCUGCGUCAUCGCUUGUCCAAAGUGAACACCGCGGCCCAUCCAUCUCCACGACGGCAGCGACAGAACAGCCGUGAGAACUGCACCGUGGUCUUUGAAAGUCCCAUGUGUGCUUCCCGCAGUCGUCGAGAGGCCGGGAUGUGGUGACUGUGUGACUCGGUUCGUGAGGUGCCUGAGUGCUCCAGUGACUCAUUUUCUGACUGCCCUCCUAGUGCCAUAUCAAGUUUUUCAAGUCCCUCCCACUCCACAGUUGUUUCCUUGUUCCUCGAGGUGGUUCCCGGAGGUUUCGCAAUAAUUUUGCUUCGGUUAUUGGGUUCUCGUGUAUAUGAGUCCGCGUUUUCUCUUGAUGCUUUUCUAUCGUUAAUUGUAGUACUGUUUUGUUAAUGACACCAGUUCAUGUGCGCUUCCCCGCUUUUUUCAUCUGCUUUUUGUCAAAGAUUUCUGGCUUUUCGCUUUCCCAUUUUUACUCACCAAAUGGGUUACUAAAAGGCGAACAUGAUUGAGUGCUUGUUAAAGUUGAUUUUAUGAAGAAACGAAAGGGGAACUGUGCUCUUAGAAGGUGACAGGCAAAUUUUUUUUCGCUCUAUUCACUAUGAAGCUACGUAAGGAACCUGCAGAGUGCGACGUACUCGUACAUCGCAAAGCUCUAACUAAACUACUGUCUCCUCAAAGCCUAUCGACGUUAUUCAUGACUCGAAGGCGCCCCGGGAGAUCAAAACAAUGCAGGAAACUGACGCAUUUGCUCCAGCAGGUAUGGUUGCGUACAACAACGGCCUAAAAAUAUCUGCCAGAUACUUAGCCAUUGCCGCAAAGGAAAGAAAAGUACAAAUGAAAUCAUUAGCAAGAUACGAUAUUAUCACGAGCGGAGCCUCGAGAUGCUUUGCGAUGUUGCGGAAACGCAGUGCUCUGCAAGUCCCACCAUUCAGGAAACACGUCUAACAAGUUGUGUUGUGUACGGCAAGGACCGUGUAGCCUGUGAGCGAUGCGAGUGUUGAGCUGCCAAAUGUAUCAAACGAUCUGAGUGGUAAACCAUGUCAGCGCUGUGACGCGUUCUCCAGAAAAGUGAGGCUGCAUGCAACAACCACGGCGUUGCAGACACUUAAUAUGGACAUUUGGGCGUAGCACCUGCACCUGUUGUUAUAUUUCCCACCUAUGCCCACUUUAGUCUUUUCAAACUGCUGUUGACCAAUUAAAGGGCAGCUUCUGCUUUAGGAAUGGAAUACUGCGGCGCAUUGAAUGUUUCACAUGUUGCCGUUUCGGAGAGGGAAAAAAUGUAGUCCAUAUUUUUUUUUUCUUGCACUUGACUGCUCUUACUUUUUUUUUUCGUUUAUUAUUGUGUAUAUUUAUGCAGUUGCCAUGACGUCGUUACAUCACAUUUUUCUUUCUUCCUUGGCUUUGGCUGUGUGACCGCCUCUCCCCUCUUUUCUUUUUUUAAACGCUUUUAAUUUAUUCUUUCUCGCUAAUUUACAAAUGCAUAGGUCACUAUAUACAAAAAAAUAGGAGGGGAGCGUCGGUCGUCGUCUGUGGCAAGUACUGUGUUUCUAGUGUGAUAAGAGUGAGACACUCUGGAGGAGUCUUGUAAGCACCCUUUUAGGUUAAUGGCAAUGUUUUCACCGAACAGAGCGGAUUGUGUCACGUGAGGAAAGGAUCUGUGAAUAGUGUUAAUUUCGAAUGGAGUUCCCCGCGCAUUUGUGUGUUUGCGUGUGCGUGCAUGGGUAUAUUCUUUGGGCUUGUGUGCCGCUUGUCUUAAUGCCCUAUCCCCUGUCCACUACCAUCGCCCGUGUUCUUUUCGUGACCUAGUUCCAGAACUAGGAAUGAUUGUAGGCGUGACAUGUCCAAUGCUGUUGUAGAGAGUGUUACGCGCGCGCGUUUACCCCAAGGCUGUCCACUUAACAGUAUUUUUGUAGAACCCCUUUUAAAAGAUCUUGGAGGAGGCGAGAGAAGCGUUACACCUUCGGGGGAACGCGCGGUACUUCUUUUGCGACCACCUGAGUCGUUGGACGGUUCGAGGAUCCCGUGUUUUUUUGUACAAAGCGACACAAGAACCACCGGCAGCUGUUGUUCGCCGCCCGCAUACCUUGACAAAGGAGGCGCUCGCCUCCCGCUGCAGCUCUCAUGGGUGGCGACGUGUUGCGGCAGUUGACUCGUGCGUACUAUGUUCUACCGUUUUUUUUUUUUUUUUUUCUUAAACUGUAAUACCACACGGUUGCAUGAAGGCGCGCGCGUGCGCGCCCGCAGUCAGCGGAUCGUGUUGUGCCCGCGGCGCGUCCUUCGAUUCUUAACGUGUAUAUAUUGACAGAAAAGCCACAUGACAAAAUGGCAAGUCUGUGAUUUCAAUAAAAAGCCACAUUGCUGUGCA